UAUAUCGCAAACAAUAAAUUGCAUAGUGUCAUGCUCUUGUACCCGUUGCACAUUUUUAUUUCAAAAUUUCAAAUUACUUACUAAACAAUUGAGUUCAGUUCGAAUUACCGAAACAACAUGUCUGAAAGAAUAAUCAUUUCCGUAAAUGAAGGCAAAAUCAGAGGAGUCAAAGAGACAUCGUUGUACUCUGGAGUAGAAUUUUUCUCAUUUUAUGGUGUACGUUAUGGACAACCACCUCUUAAUAAUUUACGAUUCAAGGACCCAAAACCAAUCAAACCGUGGAAAGAUCUUUACGACGCUACGAUCAAGAAACCAGGCUGCGUGCAGUUCUCCUUGAAGUUGUAUGUAUUUUUAGGCAACGAGGACUGUUUGUUCAACAACAUACACAUACCAAAGUUACCAGUCAAAGGAGCGCCUUUAAAACCAGUUAUUAUCAACCUUCAUCCGGGAGGUUUCAUGUUUGGUACCCCUAACAGCGAUGAUUACGGAUCUCCUCAGUUUGUAAUGCAUCAUGAUGUUGUUUAUAUCAACAUUGGUCAUCGGCUUCAUAUUUUAGGCUACUUGAACCUGGGAUUAAACGAAUGCUCUGGGAAUCAAGCUCUGAAAGAUGUUAUAUUAUCACUUCAGUGGAUUAAAUGUAACAUUCAGGCAUUCGGAGGAGAUCCUGAAAACAUAACCUUAUUAGGAAGCAGUAGCGGAGGAACGAUAAUUCACGCUUUGAUGAUAUCACCUGCAGCUAAAGAUCUAUUCCACAAAGCGGUAUUUAUGGGAGCCUACUUAUUCUUACCAGCUCUACCCUUCGAAGAAACGAAUCAUCAUCGCGCAUACGAAAUAGCGGAAAUGCUCGGAUACACUGGAAAUAUCGAAGAUAAAAAGGCUCUACUAUCGUUUUUGAGAAAAAUACAGCCCGAAAUUCUUAUAGAAUGUCAACGAAGCUGUGCGAAAAAAUUUCAAGAGAAGAUAGCCCCGCUAUACCCAAUAGGAGUCUUCAACAUUUCAUUCGAUCAAGGAGACAUUUUUCCCGAAUCACCCAGAACAAUGAUGCAUUCAGUGUCUCGCAUACCAAUCAUGAUUGGAUUUUGCCAAUAUGAAUCGAUGAUGGGUUUUAGCAAAGGAUUAAGGCGACAAACCGUGGAGAAUUUCUUGACUUCCGUUCGUCAAAAUUGUUGGGGUUGGGGACGAAAUCUCAGUGAUAAAGAUAUCGAUUACAUUAACCAGCGAAUAAAUGCAUUCUACACCGAAGGAAAAUCUAUCGAAAAUGUUCCUUUAUCACUUCAGGCAGAUAUCCAAACUGAUAUCAUAUUAUCUGAUCUGUAUGAUUCGCUGGUUGAUAUUAUAGCUGAUGAUUUACCAUCUUCUGUAUUCGUGUAUAAGUUUGAGUUCGAGGGUGAUAUACCUACAACAAAAUCGUUAUUGAAACAUAAUUACGAUGAAGAACUUCCAGGAUCAUACCACGCCUGUGAUUUCAGUUAUUGGAAUUAUUUCUACACUCCUGGCGAUGAAAUCACUCAACAAAUGGUAGAAUAUUUCACGAAAUUCAUUACCAAUUUUGCCAGAACAGGAAAUCCAAAUAGCGAGGAUAUUCCAAUUGAAUGGGAACCAACUUCUCCAGAUAAGCCAUGUUAUCUAAGUAUAAAUGACCCCUUGAAAAUGGUUAAUGGUAAAUUGAAAAACGACGGGUUAGAAUUUUGGCAAGAUAUAAAGAAACAUUUACAAAAUAAAUAAAUAUCAAAAUAAUAAAAUUUUAUACCACAAUUUUU